AUGGACCCAUUACGACUGUCCCAGAUCGACGAGGCAUCGAUCUCGUCGCUGUCGUCGGCGUCGAUAGCGUCCGACCCGAUCCACGAGACCAACUCUGUGCGGUCGUACCAUCCGGGCAGGAAGUCGCGGCUCAAUUCGGUGGCCUCUGUUCCUCCACCCACGGCUGAAGCAAGCAUCAAAUCGGGCGACCAUGUGCCCGCACAUUCCAGCGGGUUCAGACGACGCACAUCCACUGUCACGUCCUGGUUCAGACACCAGGGCUCGGAUGACGCCUCGCUGGAGCCCGUCAGCCGCAAACUCACCAGACAAUUCACCCAGCAGACGGCUCCCGGCACGUCUGCCUUCUUUGUGGAUGGCAUGUUGCCCAACAGCGUGGACGACGCCAACGAGGAGGCCAUUUCCACCAUUCUCAACAGCGAAGACUCCGACAACGCAGACUCCGACGACGAAGAGCGCGACAACGACCUCACAAAGCUCAAUAGCAUCAAGAAACAGGUCACCCACGAGGUGAAGCAGCAGCUCAACAAGAUUGGGUUCUUCGACCCCAAGUUCGACCGUGUCAAGACCAUGUUCCACUUCGUCAAGGGCUACUUCCUCAUCACAGGCGUCAUCAUGGCCAUCUACAGUCUCUACUGGGGAGCCAUGUACCACCGGACCUCGAGACUCAAGAACUUCGAUUUCUGGGUAAUUGUGGACGAACAGGAUACUUUGUCGCAGUACGUUGUGGAGGCUGCUAACCGUGUGCCCAACAUUGGUACCUGGAUCCCGAAACCGUACCAAUCCAUCUCCAACGACACCUCGCAGCUCCAUUCCAUCAUGGCACGCAAAGUUUACAGACAGGAGAUCUGGGGAGCCGUGGUUGUUCAGCCCGGAGCAGCGUCAGACUAUCUAGCUGCUCUCCAGUCAAACUCGGACUUUAAUACCACCGGUUUGAUGGAAGUUAUCCACGAAACAGGCCGUGAUUACGUUGCCGAGUCCUCGUACUUCACCAGAGCCUUUGCGUACCUCCAGCAGGCGUUUACAGAGCUGCAACCGAAUAUGACUGCAGAACUGACCGCACAGCUCUCUGACUCGCAGAAACUAGCCGUCCUGGAUAAACUGCUGUCUCCCAUAAUGUUCACUGUGACAGACCUCACUCCAGCCCAUCUGCUGGCGCCCAUCGUUUCUGGACCCCAGCAGUUUGGCCUGGUGUACCUGCACUUGCUGUCGCUGCUGCAGUUUGCGUUCUUCCAGCCUUACCACAACAAAAUCGCAUCAGAACUCAAAGACGCUUCAUUUAUCGCUUAUAGACUCAUCUCGUCCCAAAUCACAUACAUCAUACUGGGACUCGGUUACACUCUGGUCCAGGUGUUUUUCCAAAUCGACAUAUACACCGCUUAUCCGCAUAAGGUUGGGUUUUUGAUCUUUUGGUUAUCGUCGUACCUGGUGCUAUCGUCGCUCGGCGGAGUGAACGAGAAUAUCAGCAUCUUUCUACAAGCAGUCAAACCGAACCUGAUUCCAAUGUGGAUGUUUUUCUGGAUGGUGUCCAACAUCGCCCCAACCUACUACCCAAUCAGUUUGAGUCCGAAGUUCUACAGAUACGGAUACAUGAUGCCUAUUAAAAAUGGAUAUGAUCUGUACAAGACUCUUUUGUUCAACACGUACAAGCCGGCCAACAUGCCGCGAAACGUGUGUGUGCUGAUCGGCUGGGUGCUCAUCACCAACGCGCUGCUGCCGUUCACCAUGAUGUACUAUACCAAGGUCAAGUCGGAGGAAAAUAAGAAGAAGAUCAAGUUGCUCAAGAAACUCAAGAAACUGCGCGCAAAACACCACGUUUUCAGAGACAACACCGUCGAGGAGAAGCCAUCGCCGCAGUAA